GCGGUUGUUUUUGUGAGAUUUAUGAGGUCUCGCACACUGGACAAUGCAAGUCCAAGAGUGGUCAUGAUCGGCGUCGAUGGCGUAGAAGCUCGCGGGCUGACGCUACUGAAUAGCCUACAACCAUAUGGUGUUGAUACCUCAAUUAUUAUUCGCAGGCAAGGUCGCACUGAACCCUCGACAACUAACACUGCCGUUAUCAAGAUGUACGAACGCGCUGGUCAAAAUCGUAUCAUCCUGGUCCCAGGUGCAAAUGCCUGA